ACUACAGCCACAACCUGGUCGUCUCGUGUUCAGUGUAAACCAGUGAUCGAUAUCCGCAUUGUAGGAAUGCAAAGCUCUUCGGCGAAGGCUCUUGUGAGUUUGAAAGAAGGAAGCUUGUCCAGUACAUGGAAUGAGAAAUACAUUGCGUUAUCCAAGACUCCUCCAUGGAAAGGAAGAAACGCCUGCUCUCUUGUUGAGACUCCAACAAGAAGCAUGAAAAGGAGAUGCCUCUUGAGUGAAGAGGAGGAGAGGCAGCUGCAGAGCACUAAGUCUCCCAAAAGAAACCAGAGAUUUGCCAUGCACCCUCAGAAAUAUUCUGCAGCCUUGGCAACGCCUGAUAAGAAGGUUGCCCAGAAGAUCGGCUUGCGCCUGAGGAACUUGCUGAAGCUUCCCAAGGCCCACAAGUGGUGCAUCUAUGAGUGGUUUUACUCAAAUAUUGACAAGCCGCUUUUCGAGGGGGAUAAUGAUUUCUGCGUGUGCCUGAAAGAAUCCUUCCCAAAUCUCAAAACUAGGAAACUGACCAGAGUCGAGUGGGGCAAAAUCAGGAGGCUAAUGGGAAAGCCCCGUCGCUGUUCGGCAGCAUUCUUUGCAGAAGAGCGGGCUGCCUUACAAGUCAAACGACAGAAGAUCAGACUCCUGCAACAGAGGAAAGUGACAGAGCUGUCUCAGUACAAAGACCUCCCAGAUGAGAUCCCAUUACCUCUAGUUAUAGGAACAAAAGUCACCGCACGACUUCGAGGUUUUCACGAUGGCCUGUUUACGGGACAGAUCGAUGCUGUUGACACUAUUAACGCCACAUACCGAGUCACGUUUGACAGGAUGGGACUGGGAACGCACACCGUACCUGAUUAUGAAGUUCUUAGCAAUGAGCCUCAUGAAACCAUGCCUAUCACUGCCUUCGCUCAGAAGCAGCGACCUUCUAGAUAUUUCUUGACACCACCACGGCUGCCUUACACUACCAGCAUCCAGUCCCCUAUCACAGACAACGAUCCACUUCUGGGUCAAUCGCCUUGGAAAAGCAAACUGUCAGCUACUGAAGGAGACACACUUGGGGGAUUUCCUAUCGAAUUUCUUAUCCAGGUGACAAGGUUAUCAAAAAUUCUCAUGAUCAAGAAAGAGCACAUCAAACAGUUAAAAGAAAUGAACACGGAUGCAGAGAAACUGAAAUCAUACUCUGCUCCCAUUGGGAUAGACUUUCAAAAACGAUAUGCGACAAUUGUUUUAGAAUUGGAGCAGCUAAAUAAAGAUCUGAACAAGGUUCUCAAUAAAGUCCAGCAGUAUUGUUAUGAGCUUGCUCCUGACCAGGGCUUGCAACCCAUGGACCAGCCCACAGACAUGCGCAGGAGGUGUGAGGAGGAAGCACAUGAGCUUGUACGACAGGCAAACACGUCACAAACUGGGCAGGCCAGUGUGAGGAAUGAAAACCUCACUGAUCUAAUAGCCAGGCUGACAGCAGUGCUGCUACAGAUAAAGUGCCUGGCAGAAGGAGGGGACUUAAACUCUUUUGAAUUCAAAUCAUUGACGGACUCCUUGAAUGACAUCAAAAGCUCUAUAGACGCUUCUAACAUAAGCUGCUUCCAAAACAACGUUGAAAUCCAUGUAGCCCACAUCCAGAGCGGCCUCAGCCAAAUGGGAAACCUCCAUGCCUUCACUGCCAACAACACCAACAGGGAUUGAAGGAAAAUGAUGAAUGUUUCGUCCAGGACAGUCAUGCAGGAGCCUGAGAGUGGCAGAAGGAAAGAAGAGAUUGUUUUUUCUUAAUUUAACUAAAACACACAUGAUAGGGAGAGCAGUUUCUGUGCUCCUACUCUGUACUUUUUCAUUAAAUAUGUAGCGCAGCAGCAGCCUGAGCUCUUCAGGAGUCUGAUUUAUUUUUGUAUGUUUGGCCAUUUAGAGGUUUAUUACUCAUGCUUUCUCUAACUGUAAAUAGUAACUGUAAACUGAGGAUGUUGAGCUGAAUUAUGUAAAAAUGUAAAUAGUUUUUAUUUUUAAAAACACAGAAAAAGGAAUGUCGCGACGGCCAUCUCCAGGUGCACUGGUUGCAUCUUCCAGUCCUGGAGUUCCAUGAUGCUGAAGAUUUUCUCUUCUGCCUCCAUUUCUGUCCUGAUUUCUCUCCUGCAGCAUUUGAGACAGGCAGUGGUCACUGAAUGGCCUACACUGCCACUCAACAGGUUCAGUCAGUGUAGCACCACUCCAAUCCCUGCCCAAGACUCUCUUCCUGUCUGGUUUUGAGAACAAAGUGAGACCUGUGUUGGCGAAGAAGAUCACUAUCAUUCCCAGCGAUUUAAGGUCACAGCUUUCAGAUGAGGUGCCGCUCAGAGCAAGUGGUUAAACAGAGGAGAGGGGGAGGUGGGCAGAGAAUGUAAUGAGGUGCCUCAGAACCCUUCACCCUCCUCCUUUUGAGCUCAAGUUUUUUUAUCCUCUGCUCUGCUCACAAUAGACCAGAAAGAUCUCAAACUCAUCCCAUCUGUUCCAUAUAGUUCUCUGCAUGUGGAGCCAGUGAAAAGUCUGGAGGAGGAGUUGAUAGUGUCAGGAGAUAUUAGAAAAAAAUGUGUAUUGCUCGAUGCAGCUGAGGAACUUUCUAUUCCCCACCCUGUAAACAAGUUGCUUAUUGUGACAUUGGGAUUCUUUUGCAAAUAAUUUGAAGUUAUCUUGCCCCACACUGCCAUCCUUUCUCCUUUACACCCAUUUCUUGCCAAAUCACAGGACUGUUCAUGCAAGAGAUGCCACAGAGCAAACCUGUCAUGUGAAAGUUGGUCGUUAUUUUUAAGUGUGUUUAAAUGUUUAUAUUGUAAUGAGUGGGUAAAUAAAUGUUUCCAGUUUAAUGUAGAUUAUUGUAAAGUUUUGAAUCUUUAAUAAAUUUCCAAUUUGAAGUGUAACUUUAGGGGAAAUCAAUCUAGAUUACCCAUUUUUGAUUAAGCAAACCUGGGAUGGAGAAACUGAGGUGACUUUUUAAAUGUUUUAAAAAGCAAAAAAAUGUUCACAGAACUAUUAUUUUCAAACUUUAACAGGUUUUGUACUUGGUAAUGGCUGAUUUUUUUUAAAGUCUAUCUUUUGUUAGUAUUAGUGUAUCUGUUUUUGUUCUCUCCCUUCCAAUUUUCAAUGUCAAUAGAAUCUUCUUCCCCUUGCACUCUCGAAGUUUCUCAGAAUUUCAACCAGAUAGUUCUAUAUGCUGUUGUAAUUAAAUCAGAAUUAGUGUAUGUAGUACUGCCUUUUCAGAUAUGUUACCUUUUGUAUGGUGUAUAAAAUUGAA